UCUCCCUCGCGUUCUACUCGCCUUCUAUUCCGAUCUCUCUUCCUCCCAGAUUCUUCCAUUUUCUUUGUUGGAUUUACCAUUUUUUUCCUUUCGUCCGUUCAUUAAAUUUCUACCUGAAUCAAAAUCAAUGAGGGCUACGACUCAUUUCCAAUCUCUUAAGGUAAAUACUCAGUAAUGCUUCAGAUGAAGACUUCAUUAGGUUAGGUUGAAUUAAUAGCAGAAAUGGAAGGGGAAGAGGUUAACGAGCAUGAACAAACUCCUGGUAGGGAACCAGAAAUUAUUGGAGAAGGUGAUAAUAUAGAUGAAAGGGUAGGGACGUCUCAUACAGGAAUUGUUGAUAUUACAAGUGUUAGUACAGAUGAUAUAGAAAAUAGUGUAGGUUUGCAAAGGCCAGAUUCUGCAGCUUCAAUUGCAGAUGAUGACCAUUUUGAGCAGGUUUCUUUAAAAGACCAAGAUAAAGGUGGAGAAGAGACAAAACAAUUGGAAAGUUCUGCUAGUUUGAGGCAUUCAUCAGGUGGGAGUGAGGACCUGUUUGAGUAUUCUUUUGGGACAGUUCCGUCAGGGUUCAAUUCUCCGCCAGAUGCAGAUGUGCACCAUGAUCGCCAUUUUUCUAGCCCUGGGCCAGAGAGUGAAUCAGUUCAUGAUGUUCAAUUGUCCCCUUCUUCAGUUAGUGUGGAUUCUGCUAUGUAUUCAUAUGGCGACGGUGCUUUCUCUCCUGUUGACUCACCACAAAAGCCUAGGCCGAAACAGGUUAUGCCAAAUGUGUCUCCAGAGCUAUUGCAUUUAGUGGAUUCUGCCAUUAUGGGAAAGCCUGAAAGCUUGGACAAGCUAAAGAAUAUUGUGAGCGGUGUUGAGAGUUUUGGAUAUGGCGAAGAGGCUGAUACCGUUGCGUUCUUGGUUGUUGAUUCCCUUCUUGCGACAAUGGGAGGUGUUGAAUCUUUUGAGGAUGAGGAUAACAAUCCUCCUAGUGUGAUGCUGAACUCUCGGGCUGCCAUUGUGGCAGGUGAACUUAUUCCUUGGCUACCUUGUGUUGGUGAUAUAGCAGGUCUUAUGUCCCCUAGGACUAGGAUGGUAAGAGGAUUGCUUGCUAUCUUGCGUGCCUGCACUAGGAACAGAGCUAUGUGCUCCAUGGCUGGUUUAUUAGGGGUCUUGCUGCGGUCAGCUGCUAAGAUAUUUCUUCAGGAUGAUGGUUCGAGUGAGCAAAUGAGUUGGGAUGGAACCCCUCUGUGUCAUUGCAUUCAGUAUUUAGCUGGGCAUUCUCUCAGUGCCAGUGAUUUGUAUAAGUGGUUUCAAGUAAUCACAGAGACACUUCACACUAAAUGGGCUGCUCGAUUGACUCUUUCUUUGGAGAAGGCAAUGGGCGGAAAAGAAUCAAGGGGUCCAGCAUGCACAUUUGAAUUUGAUGGUGAAAGCUCUGGCUUGCUUGGUCCUGGAGAGAGCCGUUGGCCAUUCAUAAAUGGAUAUGCAUUUGCGACCUGGAUCUACAUCGAGUCUUUUGCAGACACACUAAAUACUGCAACUGCCGCAGCAGCUAUUGCUGCAGCUGCGGCUGCUACAUCAGGAAAAUCAUCAGCUAUGUCAGCAGCUGCUGCUGCCAGUGCUUUAGCUGGUGAAGGCACAGCACACAUGCCACGGCUUUUCAGCUUCUUAUCUGCUGAUAAUCAGGGGAUGGAAGCAUAUUUUCAUGCCCAGUUUUUGGUAGUAGAAUGUGGAAGUGGGAAAGGCAGGAAGGCUUCUCUGCAUUUCACUCAUGCAUUUAAGCCACAAUGUUGGUACUUUAUUGGCCUUGAACAUACUUGCAAGCAGGGGCUACUUGGGAAAGCAGAGAGCGAAUUAAGGUUAUAUAUUGAUGGAUCCUUGUACGAAAAUCGUCCUUUUGAUUUUCCACGGAUUUCCAAGCCACUUGCAUUUUGCUGCAUUGGAACUAAUCCACCUCCAACAAUGGCUGGUUUACAACGGCGUCGUCGUCAAUGUCCUUUGUUUGCUGAAAUGGGCCCUGUAUAUAUCUUUAAGGAACCUAUUGGGCCUGAGAAAAUGAUUCGUUUGGCUUCUAGGGGAGGGGAUGUGCUACCUUGUUUUGGUAAUGGAGCUGGUUUACCAUGGCUAGCUGCAAAUGACCAUGUACAAAAGAUGGCAGAAGAAUAUGCAAAUCUGGAUGCUGAAAUUGCUGGGUCCCUUCAUCUCCUCUAUCACCCUAAUUUACUGAAUGGGCGCUAUUGUCCAGAUGCUUCCCCCUCUGCUGUAGCAGGCAUGCAUCGAAGGCCUGCUGAAGUUCUUGGGCAAGUGCAUGUAGCAAAUAGAAUGCGGGCCACAGAGGCUUUUUGGGCCUUGUCUUAUGGAGGUCCCAUGUCUUUACUUCCAUUAACAGUAAGCAAUGUGCAUGACAAUAGCUUAGAACCACAACAAGGUGGCCUUUCUUUGUCGUUGGCCACAACUUCUCUUGCUGCUCCUAUAUUCAGAAUUAUUUCUCUGGCCAUUCAAUACCCUGGAAAUGUUGAAGAGUUGUGUCGUAGAAGAGGGCCUGAGGUUUUGUCGAGAGUGUUGAAUUAUCUCCUUCAAACUCUGUCCUCACUUGAUGCUGCAAGAAAUGAUGGAGUAGGGAAUGAGGAACUUGUUGCAGCAGUUGUAUCCUUAUGCCAAUCUCAGAAACAAAACCAUGCCCUCAAAGUGCAGCUUUUUAGUACCCUGCUACUGGAUCUAAAGAUCUGGAGCUUGUGCAGCUAUGGGUUACAAAAGAAGCUUCUAUCUUCACUUGCUGAUAUGGUUUUUACUGAGUCAUCCAUUAUGCGAGAUGCUAAUGCUAUUCAGAUGCUUCUUGAUGGCUGCAGGCGUUGUUAUUGGACUACUCGUGAAAGUGACUCUGUUGAUACCUUUUCUAUAGAUGAUGCAGCUCGCCCUGUUGGUGAAGUUAAUGCAUUGGUUGAUGAGCUCUUAGUGGUUAUUGAACUAUUGGUUCUGGCAGCUCCUCCUUCAGUGGCUGUGGAUGAUGUGCGUUGUUUACUCGGAUUUAUGGUUGACUGUCCACAAUUGAAUCAGGUUUCCAGGGUAUUGCAUCUCAUCUAUAGGUUGGUUGUACAGCCCAACGCAUCCAGGGCUCAGACCUUUUCUGAGGCAUUUAUGGCAUAUGGUGGUAUAGAAACCCUUCUAGUCCUAUUGCAGCGUGAAGCAAAAGCUGGAGACCUGGAUGAACCAGAAUUAUCGACUGAGAAUGAAAAAUCUCUUUCAACAGGGAAAUCAGAUUUAAACAAUCAAGAUGGACUUUUGGAAAGUAGCCGCAUCGGUAAUACAGGACAUAUGGAGGAAAAUGAAUUAGCUUCACCUGAAAAAGGGAAACUUGAGUCUUCUACCAUUGAAAGGAUGUCAUCUGUAUCUGAGUAUCUUUUCCUCAGGAAUUUAGGUGGCAUCACUUCUUCAAUAAGUGCUGAAAAUGCAAGAAAGAAUGUAUACAAUGCAGACAAAAGUGAUAGCAUUGUUGUUGGCAUUAUUAACAUCUUAGGUGCUUUAGUUAUAUCAGGACAUCUGAAAUUUGGUACACACGCUCCUCCAGAUAUGAGUAAUAAUCUUCUUGGUUUGCUUGAGGGAGGGGGGACCAUGUUUGAUGACAAGGUUUCACUUCUACUUUUUGCUUUACAAAGAGCUUUCCAAGCAGCACCAAACAGGCUUAUGACUAGCAGAGUAUACACAGCAUUAUUAGGGGCCUCGUUAAAUGCUCCUUCAACAGAUGAUGGACUGAACUUUUAUGACUCUGGUCAUCGCUUUGAGCAUUUACAGCUUUUGUUAGUUCUUCUACGGUCACUUCCAUACGCAUCCAAGACAUUUCAAAGUCGAGCACUUCAGGAUCUCCUAAUCUUGGCUUGCAGUCAUCCGGAGAAUAGGAGGAGCUUGACGGCCAUGGAGGAAUGGCCUGAGUGGAUUUUGGAAAUUCUUAUAUCUAAUUAUGAGACAAGUGUUGUUACAACUGAAACUUCAUCAAGCCUGAAAGAUGUGGAAGACCUUAUACACAACUUCCUGAUAAUCAUAUUAGAGUAUUCAAUGCGCCAGAAGGAUGGAUGGCAGGAUAUUGAAGCUACAAUUCAUUGUGCAGAGUGGCUCUCGAUGGUGGGUGGUUCUAGCACAGGAGACCAAAGAAUCAGACGUGAGGAAUCAUUGCCUAUGUUCAAAAGAAGGCUGUUGAGUGACUUACUAGACUUUGCUGCCAGAGAACUUCAGGUUCAGACUCAAGUUAUUGCUGCGGCUUCUGCUGGUGUGGCAGCUGAGGGGCUAGCACCCAAGUUAGCAAAGUUGGAAGCUGAAAAUGCUGCGCAAGUUUCAGUGGCUUUGGUGGAGAAUGCUAUUGUGAUCUUAAUGCUUGUUGAAGAUCACUUGCGUUUGCAAAGCAAAAUCUAUACGACUUCACGCUUCCCUGCUGUCUCUCCUUCUCCUCUCUCAACUGUUUUGCCUGUGGGUCACUCUUCAACUAUAGUUGGAGAACCUCUAGAAACUCUGGCUGAACGUAAAUCAUCAUCUGGUGAUUCUGCAGGACUACCUUUAGAUGUUCUUGCUUCUAUGGCUGAUGCCAACGGACAACUUUCUGCAGCUGUUAUGGAACGACUUACUGCUGCUGCAGCUGCUGAACCUUAUGAAUCAGUUGCCUGUGCUUUUGUGUCCUAUGGAAGCUGUGUCAUGGAUUUAACUGAAGGAUGGAAGUACAGGAGUAGAUUGUGGUAUGGUGUUGGCCAACCUUCCAAUGCAUCAGCCUUUGGUGGUGGUGGCAGUGGCAGGGAAGCUUGGAAAUCAGCGCUGGAGAAAGAUGCAAAUGGCAAUUGGAUUGAACUGCCUCUGAUAAAAAAGUCUGUUUUCAUGCUUCAAGCUUUGUUAUUAGAUGAGUCUGGACUUGGUGGAGGCCUGGGUAUUGGAGGAGGUUCUGGUACUGGAAUGGGGGGCAUGGCUCUGCUUUACCAGUUACUAGACAGUGAUCAACCCUUCUUGUGCAUGCUUCGAAUGGUGCUUGUUUCGUUGAGGGAAGAUGAUGAUGGUAAGGACAGCAUGCUCGUAGAUGUGGAGGAUGGCUCAUCAGAAGUUUCACGUCGACAAACAAGUAAUAUUGCAUCUUUUGACGUCAAUGCUCGAAUGUCAUCAAGAAAACCGCGAUCCUCAUUGUUGUGGAGUGUGCUCUCACCUGUCCUCAACAUGCCAGUUUCUGAGUCCAAGAGGCAGAGAGUGUUGGUUGCAGCAUGUAUUCUGUAUUCUGAGGUGUGGCAUGCUGUCAGCAGGGAUAGAAUUCCUCUGCGUAAGCAGUAUCUGGAGACAAUAUUGCCACCAUUUGUUGCUCUUUUAAGGAGGUGGCGACCCCUUUUGGCUGGAAUUUAUGAACUUGCUACUGCUGAUGGUUUGAAUCCUCUUGUUCUAGAAGACCGUGCAUUGGCUGCAGAUGCUUUGCCUAUUGAGGCUGCUCUUGCCAUGAUCUCUCCUAGCUGGGCUGCUGCUUUUGCAUCACCACCUGCUGCUAUGGGUUUGGCGAUGAUUGCUGCUGGAGCUGCUGGUGGGGAAACAACUGUAUCUGCAACAACUAGUCAUCUCAGGCGUGAUUCGUCAUUGCUCGAGCGUAAAACAACUAGGCUUCAUACUUUUUCGAGCUUUCAGAAGCCUCUGGAGGCACCUAGUAAAUCUCCUGCCGCACCAAAGGACAAGGCUGCAGCAAAGGCCGCUGCAUUGGCUGCUGCAAGAGAUCUUGAACGCAAUGCAAAAAUUGGUUCUGGAAGAGGUCUCAGUGCUGUGGCAAUGGCUACCUCUGCACAGCGUCGGAAUAAGAGUGAUAUGGGGCGUGUAAAGCGAUGGAAUGUUUCUGAUGCCAUGGGGACUGCCUGGAUGGAAUGCUUGCAGUCAGUUGAUACAAAAGCAGUUUAUGGCAAAGAUUUUAAUGCCCUAUCAUAUAAAUUUAUUGCUGUCCUUGUUGGAAGUUUAGCAUUAGCAAGAAACAUGCAAAGAUUGGAGGUUGAUAGACGCAUGCAAGUUGAGGUAAUUUCUCGCCAUCGUCUAUGCACUGGAAUUCGGGAAUGGCGGAAACUGAUUCACUAUUUGAUAGAUAUGGAAUGCCUCUUUGGGCCUUUUGGUAAUCGUUUGUGCAAUCCGCAACGUAUCUUCUGGAAGCUGGAUUUUAUGGAAAGUUCUUCAAGGAUGAGGAGAUACUUGAGAAGAAAUUACCAUGGAUCGGAUCAUUUUGGUGCUGCUGCAAAUUAUGAAGAACCGUCAGAGCUGAAGCAAGAUAAAGAUAGUGUUGUAACUCCAUCUAAGGCCUCUAUGUUGGCUGCAGAGGCUAUCUCAAUCGAGGUAUUGAAUGCAGAUGAUGACCAAGAGGACAGUGCCAAUCCUGGGGGUCAGUCAACACACACAAACCUGAAUGGUGACAUUCAGUCAAGGAUAACUGAAACUGCAGACCAGCCCCUGAGGACAUCUUUGGAGUCAAGAGAUGCCCCUGUUACAAACAACCAAGAUUUGGCACAAAAUCCAGCCGUAGUUGCCCCAGGUUAUGUUCCAAGUGAACAUGAUGAAAGAAUUGUCCUUGAACUUCCUUCAUCAAUGGUUCGCCCACUAAAAAUACUAAGAGGGACUUUUCAAAUAACAACAAGAAGAAUCAAUUUUAUUGUGGAUAGCAGUGAGAGUAAUACUUCUGGGGAUGGGUUGGACUGCAGAAAUGAAACAAAAAUUGAAGAAAAGGAUCGAAGCUGGUUAAUAUCUUCUCUUCAUCAAAUAUAUAGUAGAAGAUAUCUCUUGAGAAGAAGUGCAUUGGAGUUAUUUAUGGUUGAUCGUUCAAACUUCUUCUUUGACUUUGGGAGCACAGAUGGAAGACGAAAUGCCUAUCGAGCUAUUGUUCAAGCUCGUCCGCCUCAUUUGAACAAUAUUUACCUGGCAACUCAGAGACCUGAACAACUUCUGAAGAGAACCCAACUUAUGGAACGCUGGGCUAGGUGGGAGAUCAGCAAUUUUGAAUAUCUCAUGCAGCUUAACACAUUGGCUGGGCGCAGCUAUAAUGAUAUCACACAGUAUCCAGUUUUCCCUUGGAUUCUUUCAGAUUACAGUUCAAGCACAUUGGAUCUCUCGAAUCCUUCUUCUUAUCGUGACCUUUCUAAGCCCAUUGGUGCAUUAAAUGCUGAUCGUUUAACGAAGUUCCAAGAGAGGUACUCCAGUUUUGAUGAUCCGGUGAUACCAAAAUUUCACUAUGGUUCACAUUAUUCAAGUGCUGGGACGGUAUUGUAUUAUCUUGUUCGACUUGAGCCUUUCACUACCCUCUCUAUUCAACUACAAGGUGGGAAAUUUGAUCAUGCAGACAGAAUGUUUUCUGAUAUUGUUUCAACAUGGAACGGAGUUCUCGAGGACAUGAGUGACGUCAAGGAAUUGGUUCCUGAGCUAUUUUACCUCCCUGAAGUGUUGACUAAUGAGAACUCCAUUGACUUUGGCACAACACAGUUAGGAGAAAAGCUUGACUCAGUCAGGCUUCCUCCUUGGGCUAAAAAUCCAGUUGACUUCAUUCAAAAGCACCGAAUGGCUCUUGAGAGUGAGCAUGUUUCAGCGCACUUGCAUGAAUGGAUUGAUCUCAUAUUUGGGUAUAAGCAACGGGGAAAAGAAGCUAUACAGGCUAACAAUGUAUUCUUCUACAUCACCUAUGAGGGAACUGUGGACAUUGACAAGAUAUUGGACCCUGUACAACAACGUGCUACACAAGAUCAGAUUGCAUACUUUGGGCAAACUCCAUCACAACUUCUAACUAUCCCUCACAUGAAGAGGUUUCCACUAGCUGAUGUUCUUCACUUACAGACAAUCUUCCGGAAUCCCAAAGAAGUUAAACCUUAUGCAGUUCCUCAUCCAGAACGCUGCAAUAUUCCUGCUGCUGCCAUGUUAGCAUCUUCAGAUUCUGUUAUCACUGUUGAUCUACAUGCCCCUGCUGCCCAUAUAGCGGAGCAUAAAUGGCAGCCAAAUACCCCUGAUGGUCAGGGGACACCUUUUCUUUUUCAACAUGGGAAGCCUAAUGCUAGCUCUGCUGGAGGAACAUUUAUGCGCAUGUUUAAAGGGCCAACUGGCUCUGGGCCUGAGGAUUGGCAUUUUCCCCAGUCACUGGCUUAUUCAACUUCUGGUAUUAGUAGCUCAGCUAUAGUUGCCAUCACAUGCGACAAAGAGAUUGUCACUGGUGGCCAUGUGGAUAACAGUGUCAGGCUGAUAUCAGUGGAUGGAGCAAAAACCUUGGAAAUAGCUCGAGGACAUUGUGCUCCUGUAACUUGCAUGGCUUUGUCUCCUGAUAGCAGCUAUCUGGUGACAGGAUCUCGAGAUGCAACAGUUCUCCUUUGGAGACUGCAUCGUGCAUCCACUUCUCGCUCAGGUGGCACAGUUGAGCCAUCCACUCCUUCAAGCACACCAGCUUCCACUAGCAGCAGUACUACAAACACCUUAGCUGAAAAAAGGAGGCAUCGUAUUGAGGGUCCUAUACAUGUUCUGCGAGGCCACCUUGGGGAAAUAUUGUGCUGUGCUGUCAGUUCUGAUCUUGGAAUUGUUGCUUCAUGCUCCAAAUCGUCGGAUAUGCUGCUUCACUCGAUAAAAAAAGGACGUUUGAUCCGAAGGCUUCGUGGUGUGGAGGCUCAUGCAAUCUGUCUUUCUUCUGAUGGGAUAAUUUUGGCUUGGAGUAAACAACUUAAUGCACUAAGCACCUUUUCUCUUAAUGGAACUUUUAUUGCCAGAUCGCAACUUCCUUCUGCCUCGAGCAUUAGUUGCAUGGAGGUUUCUGUCGAUGGGCAUUUUGCUUUGGUUGGUCUAAAUCCUUCACUGGAUAGUGAUGGAGUUUAUGACAGCAGCACAAAUUUGAAGAGUAAAGCCGGAAGUGAAAGUUUUGAUAUUGGAUCAAAUGAAGAAAACAGAUUGAGUAUUCCACUACCUUCAAUUUGCUUCUUCGAUCUACAUUCUUUAAAGGUAUUCCACAACAUGAAACUGGGAGAAGGGCAAGACAUUAUGGCUAUGGCUUUGAACAAGGAUAACACGUAUCUUAUUGUGUCCACAGCUGAUAAACAGUUGAUAAUUUUCACUGACCCCGCUUUAAGCUUGAAGGUUGUGGAUCAUAUGCUCAAGCUGGGUUGGGAAGGUGAUGGGCUCAGCCCUCUUAUAAAAUGAAAGUUUUGAGAUCUUGUACAUUGAUUAAAUUUUGAAUGAGAUGGAUUUUAUGCACUGCUGGAUUUAUCCGGACACCAGGGAAAAGUUUGCUUUACGUUGUACAAUGUCCCAUUCAACGGCUUAACUUGGCCAUGCAUCUGACAGAAACUGAUCCAGCAUUGUGCAUUCAUCAGUGUCUUUGUGAGUGUAUCAUAUACGUUUAAGAGGUGGGAUAAGUACAGCUACAACAGGGUGUGACAUAAUACUAGAUGUACCACAGGGCUGUUGAGGAGAUUUUUUUGAGUUGGAAGUUUUGUUAAAUUGAGGCACGAGAAGGCAGCCCUUGAGAUGUGUAUAUUACAUUUAUUUUUUGAUCUACCUUUUUUUUUUCGUUUCCUCUUUGGUAUUCAAGUAUAUGAAAGUUAUUGUUGAGUUUAUCUUGACUACUCAAUAGGGACCAGAUCUAAUCACUGAAAUCCUUAGAAAUUUACUUUAGCUGUAGAUUCCAUUAAACGAUUUGAUUACUGUAGAUUCCAGUAAACGAUUUGAUUAUGUAAUUGACUCGAGCUACUUUUUGCCUACGCAUAUUGAAAUAAACUCAAAGCUGCAGCAAAUUUGCUAAGA